AUGUCGAUAUCCGGCAAGUUGAAUGACGCAAAGAAGAACCCCGUGGUCUACAUAACGAGAUGUGCGACGUUCAGUGCCUGUCACCGCCUCCACAGUCCUAAAUUGUCGGAUGAAGAGAAUAGGAAAAUUUUCGGCAAAUGCAACCACAUCAACGGUCACGGUCACAAUUACAGACUGGAGGUAACGUUGAAAGGAGAGGUAGAGGAGGACACUGGCAUGGUGUACAACUUGUCUGACCUCUGUAAGGUCAUAGAAACGUGCGUUAUCGAGUUAAUGGACCAUAAAAACUUGGAUAAGGAUGUUGAAUUUUUUAAAAACAACACAAGCACAAGCGAAAAUCUAUGUGUAUUUAUUUGGCACAAGCUACUGGAAAAUUUAUCUAAACCACAUCUGCUGUUUGAAGUUAAAUUACACGAAACUGAUAAUAACAUUGUAUACUAUAAAGGCGAAUAA